AUGGUUCAUGAUACAUUUCCAUUUUGGUUAGAGAAGCUACCUUCCUUGAAGGUUCUCAUUUUGCGAGCAAAUAGAUUCUACGGCACAAUUACAAAAUUCAACUCGAAAAAUGGGUUUCCAAAGCUACGCAUAUUGGACAUUGCUUCCAACAAUUUUUCAAGCGACUUGUCCAUUGAAUUUUUGCAAAGCUUGAAGGCAAUGAUGCAGAUAACAAAUGAUGACAAAGCUAAGUUGGAUUACAUUGGGGAGGACUAUUAUCAAGACUCUGUGACAAUUGUUAACAAAGGGAUUGAAAUGUUCUACCAAAAGGUCUUGACGAUUCUUACUUGUCUUGACCUAUCCAACAAUAGUUUUCAUGGGAGAAUACCAGAAGAAAUAAAAAUGCUGAGGUCACUCAAAGUGCUAAACUUGUCCUAUAAUAGCUUCUCUGGCGAAAUCCCAGUAGCACUUCAAAACCUAAAAGAUCUAGACUCUUUGGAUCUCUCACAGAAUGAGCUGUCAGGGAAGAUUCCUCCACAGCUUACAACUCUAACUUUCCUAGAGGCACUGAACUUGUCUUACAACCCACUUGAAGGGAGCAUACCGCAAGGCAACCAAUUCAGUACAUUUUUAAAUGAUUCUUACCGUGGGAAUCCAAAAUUAUGCGGUCAACCAUUGUCCAAGAAAUGCAAUGAAGACCGUCUUCCAGUGCCACCGCCUCCAGGGGAGGAGGAACAGUCAUGGUUAUAUGCUAUGUCAACUUGGAAAAUUGUUUUGAUAGGUUAUGGUAGUGGUUUGGUCGCUGGCCUAUGUAUCGGAUAUACAGUGUUGAAUGAGUUGGGAAACAUAUGGGUUGAUACGUUCAAAAAAUAUGGGAAAAGAAACAGAAGAAGAUCUAGGUGA